AGCCGCAGUUCAUCUCGUCACUUGCAAUCCGCGUUUUGAAGAGUUCAGUUGAGUUCUUGGCAAUACUUGUGCUGUUCAUUUAUUAGAAUUCAUUCUCCAUUUCUUCCAUUUCGCAAGAGAUAUCAGAAAAAUGGCUCAUAACUUUGUAAACGUCUGGACGGACGGCUCUUAUAAGCCGGAAAACAACGGCACCGGCGGAAGGGGCGUUUUUUUCGGCGAUAAUCAUCGCUUAAACGUCGCGGAACGGGCUGAUGGAUCGCCAACAAGUGGCAAGGCUGAGAUUCAGGCCGCACGACGCGCCGUGGAAAUCGCCAAGCGUGAGGGUGUGAAGAAUUUGAGGGUCCACUCGGACUCCCAGGAAGUGGUCACGGGAAUGAAUGAAAAUAUGGCGGUCUGGAAGGCAAACAACUGGACUAAUUUCGAAGGACAUCAAGUGGUGAACAAGACAGAGUUUGAGCGACUCAACCGCCAGUUGGAUGGAUCAAUCAACGUGGAAUUUGUAAAGGUUUCUCGUGGCACGCGUGAAAUGAAGGAAGCUGACAAGCUUGCGAAUAAGGGAGCACAAUUGCGUUGAAGUUGGAUUUGAAGUGGGGCCUAUGGAGGACAUCUGAUAGGAUAUAUAUUUUCCGUACUCCAUCCUGAAUAGCGGCCAAUUUACUGUACUGAGUAAAUUAAUAAAAGUAUGAUUCCAAGAAA